ACUUUGCCAGGCACUGCUUCGGUCCUAUAAGGUGAAAAAAGGGUUCGGGGGAAAAUCGUUUAAGCGCAUAAAAUAUUUUUACUUUAAUCUUAUCUUAUAUAUUAUUAGUAUUUUGUUUCAGUCCGCCUUCCAACCUUUUUCGGAUUUAGUUAGCAGCUGCGACUAGUCCGUUCAGGGGUUUUUUGAAACACAACCAUUUCUUGUACGAAUUUUCUUCGAUCACUGGGUUCACUAUUAAUUGAUAAAAAUGUAUGAAAUCAUUUUUCAUGCACUUCUGCUCUCUUUCGAUGAUACAAGUUAAUAAUAAUUUUUCAGUUAAAUAAUAGGCUUUUUUUCUUUAAAUGCCGUUCGCAAACACAGAUGUUUCUUUGUAUCGCAGUUUUUGGGUCUUUUGAUAUAAAAAAUGCAAGAAUAAUAAUUAUUAAUUAUUACAUUAAAAUUAAAUCACAUUAUUAAACAGUCAACCAUAGGUUGAAGAGGUAAAGAUUUUUUAAGAAACUUGUAAAAUGAAAGUUUUGGCAAAUUUUUUAAUGAUCGGUUUCCUUAUCACCAUAGCAAGCGCGGAGCAAAAAUGUUAUGGUGCACCACGGACGCCAACUUGCAGCCAACUACGCGAUCAAGGUCGCACAGGCUUCGGUUGUAGAGGCGGAAAUCGAUGGUAUUACAAUGUGAGUACGCGACGUUGUGAAAGUUUCGAUUACUUCGGCUGCGGUGGUAAUACGAACCGCUAUUGUACGCAAAAUGAAUGCCAGCGGCGGUGUCAUGGUUGGCGUGGAUUUCUGGCGAAGGUUGGCAUACAAGUUUGAUGCUGGAUGCGGUUGAGAAUUAAACGGUUUUAAGGUUAAAACCUUUUAAGGAUGGAUAAUAAAAUCAAAAUAAAA